AUGAAAACUAGAAUAUUAUUAUUGUUUUUAUUGCUUUCCAUUUUAUUAAAUGUAUCAUUUUCUUUGGAUGAAACCAAGAAUAUAGAAAAUAAUCUUGCUGCUGAAUUAAUACCAGAUAUUGGAGAAAAAAAUAAUAAUAAUAAUUUAGAAUUAGUAGGGUUAAAUGAAAAUGAAAAACAAAAAACUGAAAAUGUUGAAGAAAUUUCAAAUGUUGUCAGAGAGAAACAAGUUGAAAAUAAACCAGAUGUUGAAUAUGAAUUCCAUCAAAUUUCAUUAGAAGAUAAUUUAAAGAAAAUUAUUAAUGAUAUUGUCUCAAUUUCCAAUAGAAAUAGAGAACAAGAUAUUACAAGCUUAUUAAACUAUAUAUUUAAUGUUAAACCAAAAUCUGAAGAUUUUAAAGAAUAUAAUGGAAAACAAAGUAAAUUCCAACAAAUGGUAAACUACUUCCAAUCAUUCGAUGAAAUUAUCAAGCAACAUCAAUUUGAAAUUGACCAAGACCAAGUACGUCUUUUAGCUCAUGAUUUCACCAAAGCCUACUCUAGUGUAUUUGAAUUGGAUAAUGAUGAAAAUCUUCAAUUUGAAGACAACCUCACCAAUUUCCUUUAUUUAUCAGUUCAAAAAUUCUUAUCAAGUUUUGGUCUCCCAGAAUAUAAACCACAUUUUGAAAGAUCAAAUCUACUUGAAAGAGAUGUCCAUAGAUAUGUCUCACACCCAGAUGUCUCCUACUGGUCAAAUGAUAAUGUUGAAAAGAUUGCCAAGGCUUCUACCCUAACUGAAAACAAUAUUCAAGAUAUUUCAAAAGCAAUCGUUCAAUUAUCAGAAGGUGAAUCAAAAUACUUUAAAAAUGUAAUGGAAAUAUUAGAUAUCCAAAACGCACCAAAUCGUCAAAAAGUUGCCAAUAUCUCUUCAAUUCUUAAAACCGCUUUACGUAUUAUGUAUUCAAUGAUUUCAAAACUCCAAACCAAUGUUGAUAAUAUUGAUAAUAAUGAAAAUAUUGAUAAUACUGAUAAUAUUAAUAAUGAUAAUGUAGUUGCAAAAUAUCCAACAUGGAUUAAUGAAGAAUAUAUUAAAGAUGUUGAUAGUGUUUCUAAAGCUAGUGAAUUGUUUAAUCCAAGAACCAUUGUCGCAUUUAAUAAAUUAUUUAUUAGAAAUAAUGAUCCAAUUUCAAAAUAUGAUCAAGAGUCAUUAACUCAUCAAUUUGUUGAUUUGGCUUAUUCAAUACUCUAUGGUAGACAACAAAAAUAUGAAGAAUUUGCUGAAAAAGGUAAAACAGCUUCAGAUACAAACAUUGAUCCAAUAAUACUUAAUCGUAUCAUUUCAAUGGUUGAUAACGUUCAAGAAGUUUCUCAACAAGAAAAUAGUCAAGGUUACUUAUUACGUGCUGCUCGUGCAUUCUUUAAUUUAUUCCAUAUUCGUGAAAAUUAUGAUGCAUUAAUGAAUGCUUUUGAACAAGAACAAGAAGAACAAAUAAAUAACAUUAAUAAUAAUAAUAAUGAAAAUACCCAACAACAAGAAGAACAACAAAAUGAUGAAAAUAAUCAACAAACAAAACAACAAAAACAAGCAUCAUCAAAUAUUCAAUAUAUUGCUCAUAGAGUAAAUAAAAUAAUUCAAGAGAAUACAAAUAUUGAUCAAGGUGAUGAAACUAAAAGAAAUGAAAAUGUUUUUAGAAUUCUUUACAACAUUUAUCUUCACUAUUAUGGUUUGGAAGAUGAAAACCAAUUAGAAUCAAAUAGAAAAGUUUCAAAUAAAAAAAUUGAAAAUGAAAAUCCAGAAGUUUCAUUCAUUAGAGAAAUCGUUCCAUCCUUAUCUGAAAAUGAUGUUGUUGAUAUUCUUGAAGAAAUUGAUAGAGUAGCUGAUCAAUUAGGUUACAAAAGUACAAAAAUUGAUGAUAUUGAUGAAAAUGAUGAACUAAAUAAUAAUGCUGGGGAAACUAGAGAUUUAGGUGAUUUCCAAUAUCAAGAAAAUGAAAUUUAA